CUUCGAGAACUUGCUGGCAGCGAAUCUGGAACACACCCUCGGAACAUUCUCAGUACCAGCGGGCCCUUAAGUCCCAUGUCCGAGCAAGCCCUCGUCUUAUCUCUACAACAACCGGGAACACCAGGAACCCAUGAGCCAAUGAGCAGCUAUGGCGAACGAAUGCUUGGCAUCUCACAGACAAUGAAUACCAUGUCUCGAAAUAUUGGAGAUAAGGGGUUGGGUUUUCAGCCACCUCUAGUAUCAAUCCAUUGCAGGCAAUCCGCAGCAUCGAGCAUCAAGAGUCGGAAAGGAAUCAAUCUUCCCUCCCUUUUCAAGUUCAAGAAACCAGCCAAAAGCAAUGCAUCAGCACCAGAUCAUCAGCAAGUCACCGAGUUGAUGAAAGACACUUCGACUGCAUCGGUGACCAAAGCUCUGAGUUGGUUCACCAACAAAGAAGAGCAGCUCGGGUCGAAACAUGGAACUGGCUGGUUUGGAAAAGCGCCAUGGCAUCGAAAAGACUCCGACGAAACCGUCAGCAGUGUCCCAAGUUCGGUUCGGGAAGUGUUGGCUGGGAAAACACCACCAGCAACGCCCGAUCCCGACAGUUUCUACUACCGUAAACCCAUCAACCCGCUGUUGCGCCAAAUGCUCAGAGGCUAAUGUCAAAUAUCAGGCCAAAUGGAC